AUGUGCGUUCAAACGAGGCGGAAAGUCAAUCACGUGACAGUGCGACAUGAAAGGAGAGGGAGGCAGCGCACAUCUAAUCUUCAGCAAAGAUUGCAAGCUCUUUUGCCCACCAUCACUCGCCUUCGCGAAGCAACAGGCGCUGCAUCUGUCUCGUUCGGAGUCAUUCACAAUGGUCAGGUCGUGCUCCAGGCCGCUGAUGGAUGGCGUGACGCCGUCAAGAAAGCCCCCGCCGACGUCGACACGGCCUAUGUCAUCGGAUCAACCAUGAAAGCCAUGAUGGCGUCGUGCUGUGGGAUGCUGGUCCAUGAAGGGAAGAUGUCCUGGAACGACAAGCUGUCAGAUCACCUCCCGUUCCAUACGCUUUCGGACCCCGUGGUUGGACACCGCGCAACCGUCCACGACGCUCUGUCUCAUACCACUGGUCUGGCACAACUGGACCUCUCGUGGUACGGCGCCUCGGGCAAGAGUCUCGUGGAUCCUCGGGAUCUCCUACAUGUCGUCGCCCAUUUACCUGUAGCCGCCGAGUUCCAUUGUGAGUGGAGUUACUGCAACUACAUGUAUGUUAUCAUGGCACGCAUCAUCGACAAGGUAGGCGGGUGCAAGGAUUGGGCGUCGUUUCUGACCCAACGCCUACUCGAACCGUUGGAGAUGCGUCGAAUCAGGCUGUCCCGCCAUGAAUUCACCGACGACAACGUUGCAGAGCCACACUACGUCAAGGAUGACGGAACCCCUGGUGCGCUUCCGAGACCGGACCUCUCCCCCGAUACUUUGAUGGGCCCUGCCGGUUGCCUGUGGUCCACCGUGCCCGACAUGCUGAAGUGGGUGCAAGCAGUACUCACGAGCAUCGAUAUCCGCCGUGCUGCCCAGGGUGACGCUGAGACCGCUGGCGUACUCAAAGAGAUGGGGACAAUCACAGCCCAUCAGACCCAGCUCGCUCACCAUGGUCUGUCUGAAAACACCUACGGAUACAGUUGGGCACGUCUGUCUAUGCCCCCCCCCCCCCCCCCCCCCAUGUAUGGGUUCAUGUCAACGAAUGGCGCCAAUGAACGUCCAAUCCUCGGUCAAGAUUCCCCGCGCCGCCUAAUGCUCUACCACGGUGGUCAAGUGACGGGCUACCUGACAACGUUAUGCAUCUUCCCAGAGACACAGUCGGCAAUCAUUGUCUUGAGCAACUCGCAGGCUCUAGGUGAUGCUUCAGACUGGACAGCGCGGGCAAUAAUGCAGGAGUUGUUCCAGCUUCGCCCUGCACUUGACUUGGACGGCAUGGCUGAAGCGAAGGCCAAGGAAUCCCUCGGAAUCUAUCGUCGUCUUGCAGAUGACUACCGGAACCACAGCAGCCCCGAACGGUCUACGGCAAAUCUAACUGACAAGUUCGGAUUGUACCGCAAUAAAGGCUUAAAGCUGUAUCUCGAAAUCCGCCCGACUAGUCGCAAAGACAAAGCUGGUGAGUUUCUGCUUAAUGGCAUGCAAACCCAGUUGCAUUAUCUGGAGCAUUUUGGGGAGUCGACGUUCGGGUUUCUGCCAGGAUCGCGAGAAGAGCAAGAAAGCGGGUGUAUGGUCGAUUAUGUUAUCUAUGAACAGUUUCUUCUCACCUUCAAGCCUGAUAAGGAUGGGAGAUUCCGUAGCUUGGAGUGGGUCAUGCAGCCUGGGUUAGAAGCCAUUAUCUUUAUGCGAGAUCGUUAAGGCAG